AUGCUGGAGAAUCAGAAGGGUCAUUCUGGCUUGGAAGACGUCAGCCUUUGCAGUGAAGAUGAGAACACUUUUCAGGCCUCUUUGGAAAAUAUCAAUAUCAACGGGGAUAGUUCCAACGGCGACAAUGAUGACACCCUUGCUGAGAGCUUUCCAGACGAGGCAGACCCGGCAGUCAAUAUCGCCACACGCGAACGAUUCUAUAGGAUGGUGUACCAGUCCAAGCCAGCGUGCAUUUGGAACACUGAUAGGGAGCUGCUGCACCGGGAGCAUAACAUCACCAAUCGGAUUGAAUGGCGGAGCGGCCACAACUCGGAACAGAGCUUUAUCCAAAGAUACUAUGGGUCAGCACUAGUAGUAACACAGUUGACUCUAACGAAGACGCUGAACAGCUGUCGGGUUGCCCACAUGAACUUCAACCGUGACGGAAACUUGAUCUGCUCCGUCACCGGUGGCAAUAACAUUGUCGUCUGGGAUUGGGCUAAUAAUAAGAAAGUGCACCGAUUUCGUCCGGGUCAUGGGAAUGACAUCUUGGGUGCUAAGUUUAUCGAAAGCGGCGGAAGACUGGACAUCGUCUCCGCCAGCGAAGAUGGUCAGGUGUUUCGGACCAUUAUUCCGCCCUCUGGAGGAGCCAUCACUGCCAUGCGCCUCUACAACCAUAGUAAUAUUCUAACCUACCCCAAACCAAAGAUCGUACUAGUGCCGCACAGUCAAUCCGAGAUUAUGAGUGCGGGAAGGGAUGGAUGGGUUAAGCUCUUUGAUACCCGCCUCAACAGCGGAGCCACCGCAAUGCUCCAGUGCAUCGGACAUGACCGCAGAAGGAUACCCCUUGUCACCAUCGCACAUCACCCAUUAGCUCCGGAAUUCUGCGUAGGCGGGGAUGAUGAUAGGCUACGAGUUUUCGACAAGCGAAAGUCGACGGAGUCUGUUCAUGAAAUAGUUCCCGGCAAUUUUAGUAAUAUCGCGGACAUCACUGACGUCAGAUACAACCACAGUGGAAGCGAGGUUCUGGCCUGUUUCAGAUUUGCUGGCGUCUACUUAUUUGACAGCCGGAACUACAAGGCAGGAGAGUAUCUAAAUUGGUUCAAAGGGCGAUAUUACUCGGCAAACUUCUUUGGUCCACGAUCAGAGUUCAUUAUCACCGGUGACUUUGACAGUAUAAUUUUCUGGGAGAAGAAGACGGAGGCCAUCAUUGGCAAGCAGAUCAAGAAGGCCGGGCGGAUCUUGUGCCUGGAGGCACACCCCUGGUAUCCAGUGCUGGCCACAGCUGGCGAGAAUUCGCCAGGCAUCCACUUCUGGUUUCCGAACGGCUUUAACCUUGACGACCAAAACGCGAACUAA